AUGGCGGUCGUGGGUUCUGCCUUCGCCCACUCUGGCCCCCCGUCUGCUGCCGAGCUCGAGUUCAAACGCAACGCCCGGCGUUCUCUCACUGCGUGCCAAUCUCAGCUCAGGAAGCGCGAUGGCUACGUCGAACGAGCCAUUGCUCGCCGUCAAGCUCGUGCUGAGAGUAUUCGUAAAGCUCGUGGACUUUCUAUUGCCGCGCCCUUCAAGCGCGACUUCCCGGGGGUUCUGGCUACUGAUCACCACUCAAACCUCACCGGCGUAACAAACGACACGGAUCCAUCGGUACUCUUUGACAGCGGGAGUACCUGCGUUCUUGCGCCGGAAGUUACCCAAGGCCCCUACCUUGUCGACGGCGAGUUUGUUCGUUUUGACGUCACUGAGGACCAAGCCGGCGUUCCCACGUACUUGGACAUCGAGCUUCUCGAUGUCAACACUUGCGAGCCCGUUGCGAAUACUUACAUCGAUAUCUGGGCUUGUAAUGCCACCGGCGUGUACUCCGGCGUUGUUGCCAGCGGAAACGGAAACUCCGCUUCAAGUGAAAACAUCAACGCAACCUUCCUCCGUGGCAUUCAGCAGACUGACGAAGAUGGUGUUGCCCAGUGGCUGACGGUCUUCCCUGGACACUAUACCGGUCGUACGAACCAUAUCCACGUCAUGGCUCACCAGUCUAACGGCACGCUCUUCGACAACGGUACCUAUGUCGGAGACUACGUCUCUCACGUCGGACAAGUCUUCUUUGACCAGAGUCUCAUCUCUGAGGUAGAAGCUACGUCUCCCUACACGUCGAACACUCAGAACUUGACUACCAACGAGGAAGAUGGUAUCAUGGAGCAGGAGGCCGACACCAUAGACCCUGUUGUCGAGUAUGUUCUUCUCGGCGACUCAAUCACUGAUGGUAUCUUCGCCUGGUCUUCGAUGGCUAUCGAUACUUCCUCCGGGUACACGGUGACCCCGGCCGUGGACUAUUAUGAGACUGGUGGUGUCACCGUCUCUGGUGGAGGUGGUGGGCCUGGAGGUCCUCCUCCCAGUGUCUGA